CGUCACUAGAGUUGCUAGCCAACGCGGCGCUUCUAUCUCUUUCUAAUAUACGUAUUGUCUGGUUGGCAGCAUUGUCUACUGUCAGGUAAUCCAGAAAUGUUUCAUUGAUGUAAACAUAGAAAAACAUCAAGGUGACCUUGAAGAAAUCCAUCUUAAUAAAUUCCUGAAGAAAUUAUUUAUGUAAAACGUGUAAUUAAAACACGUAAACAUCGUAUCCUCGUUAAAUAUGGCUAUACUCCGCCAUCCGUACAAUUAGAUCGAUAUCGAACAGUCAGCUGCUAGUCGACCAUCACCAUCUCCGUUUGUCGAUAAGUUAGGAUUCGUUUAGCGAAUUUUACCGGGUCAUCUUCAUCCUCUCUACCCGCGAAAUCGAUUUUCCACAAGAAGCAACAUGUCUGAUAAAUCGCUGUUGCACGUUUUGUUAUCGCAAUGCCCGUUGAAAUAACUAUUCAGCGAUAAUUCUACCGAUAAAUUAACGAGCACGGCCUACCCCGACGUGUACAGUGAUUGUUUUCAAUGACGUUGCGGCGAUGUGAGCAAUUGUUUUUCGGGCUAAUUCCUGAUUCCAGCUUGCGUUGAGAUUAGGUUUUAGCUAUCGGCGUAAUUAUCAAUAGAAUAAGUAAUUUAGAUUGUGAUAUAAUGCAAGCAACGGCCUUCGUAGAAGAUUGGUUAUGCUACAACACGAUACUUGGCGAGGGAGCAUACGGGGAAGUAAGGCUUCUAAUCCAUAGGACAACACAGGAAAAAAUAGCUUGUAAGAUCAUCAACCACGCUAAAUACAAGAAUGCCUCAUCAAAUAUCAACAGGGAGGUGAUUAUCCAUAAAAUGCUAGACCAUGAGAACAUUAUCAAGUAUUAUGGAAGAAGGCAUGAACCUCUCAAAGAAUAUAUUUUCCUUGAAUAUGCAGCUGGAGGAGAACUAUUUCAACUUAUUGAGCCUGACGUUGGAAUGCCUUCUUGUGAUGCCCAGAAAUAUACAAGGCAGUUGCUCUGUGGCUUGAAAUACCUACAUGAUCUGGGAAUCACUCAUAGAGACAUAAAGCCCGAGAACUUACUGAUAAGCCAGGAUGAUCAACUGAAGAUUAGCGAUUUUGGAAUGGCUACUAUGUUCAGAUUCAAAGGCAGGGAGAGAUUGAUGGAUAAAAAGUGUGGAACAAAACCCUAUCUAGCGCCAGAGGUUUUAAUAGAACCCUAUAAGGCUCAACCAGCAGAUUUGUGGAGCUGUGGUAUCGUCUUAGUAGCUAUGCUGACCGGAGAAUUACCAUGGUCAGAACCAACGGAAUCUAAUGAAGAGUUUAUCAAAUGGAAGAAGCACGUCUACCUGUGUGAAACUCCGUGGUCGAAACUCGGCAACACAGCACUCAGUCUAGUCAAACAGAUGCUCAAUAUAGACCCUAAGAAAAGGCUUACUUUGGAUCAGGUUCUGAAGCAUCCUUGGAUGCGUUUAGUUUUCGAGUAUGAUGACGGCGCGGACUCCGAAGCAACUAUUACCGAUUCGGAGCGAGAGAAUCAACCUCCUUGCAAGAAGCAGAGAUGGAAUUCGAUGGGGAUGGCGGAACAAGAGACGAGAUACGCGAACAGAGAAAACCCGCCGCAAGUGGCCUUGUCGCAGCCUACGCCAACUGUUGUUGAUGGUCAAAAUAAUGGCGGCGCCGUUAAGCAUAGGGAGGGACAAGCGUCCAUCAUGCAUACUCUGGCUGAGGUUCGCAAACGGUUCUCGUUCUCUCAGCCCACGCACAACGAAGACCUGAUGUUAGCUUUGACGCAGAGCCCGGUCACGAAAGACAACUUCCAUCACUUGGUGCGCCGUAUGACGCGGUUCUACGCUAAGUGCAGCGCCCAGGAAGCGCUUAAACACCUUGCCAGAGCUUUGGAUCAUUUGCAUUUAACGUGGAAUACGGAUGCUAGCGGAGUGAUAAACGUAUCGACAGUGGACGCUUACAAGAACCAGCUAACCUUCAAAGCAAAUCUGCUGGAAAUGGACGGAAAAAUACUUCUGGACUUCCGUCUGUCCAAGGGUUGUGGUUUGGAGUUCAAGAAGCGUUUCCUGAAGAUUAAACACUGCCUCGAAGACAUUAUUUAAGAUAAUUUAUUGUUCUGCAGGUUUGUUACUUACUAUUUUCAAGUUUGUAUGUUGUUACCUAUACUUAAAGUGAUAUAGUAGUUUUUUAAUUUGAAAAAAUGAUAUAUUAUGAAGUUGUUUUAUAUUUGUUGGUCACUGCUAUGAAAAAGUGCCAGUAUUAGUUUUUUAGAUUCACUUCCAGUAUUGUGUCAUGACGAUGUUCACUAAGCUUAAAUGAAUAAAGCUAUUUUUGUAGUUAUAUUUUAUUUAUAGAAAA